CACACAGCGAGAACGGCGUCAUUCACAGAAGCAACUAUCUAUAAUUUAUUACUCUCCGGUGGACAGCUUCUGAUAUGGACGAGUGGCAGUGGUUAUAAUCGCUUCUGGUACUGAAGAGGAUGGGAGCAGUGAGUGGUGACUGGAGAUGUCAUUCGGUCGACUCCUGCGGUGUGCAUCGUCCAAAGCCUCUGACCUUUUGACCUUUAACGUGGGCACAGGGGGAUCACGGGCGGUUCAGGAUGGAGAGAUCAUCUUCUCUAAGAACAAUGUGUGCGUGCACCCAGCUGAGCCUUUGCCCGGACUGCCUGAACAUCACCCAGGUUACCUGUGUGUGCACCUGGAGAAAGACGAGACUCUUGGCUCCACCCUCAUUCUCACCUGGGUGCCCAACUCCCGCAUCCAGCGUCAGGACGAGGAAGCGCUCCGCUACAUCACACCCGAAAGCUCUCCAGUCCGCCGUAACGCCCGCCGCCGAGCACACCGGGCUCACUCUCGCCCGCCGCCCGCCCCUGAGGAAGAGGAGGAUGACGAUGGGACGGAGGCAGUGCUGCAGAAUCAGCAGCUUUCAGAAGAAGGCGAUGAAGGCUCCUGCGAGCUCUCCGCAGACGAGGUGAGCCGGGACAGCACCCUCGGUUCCGACUCGGACACCUUCUCCUCGCCCUUCUGCCUGUCGCCCGUCAGCGAGGCUCUGGGCGAGAGCAGCAUCUCUGUCUUCCUGGAUAAUGAGAGCAGGGAGUGCGAUGAACCCAUGGCUCACUCUGCAAGCUCCGCCUCCAGUCUGGACAGCCAUGCCCCCUCUGAGAGCAGCCAAUCACUUGGUGUUCGGUGGGAGGAGCAGCAGAAAGUGAUGGCUUUGGAGCAUCUAUGUGGGGUUUUCAGAGUUGACCUGGGUCACAUGAGGUCACUACGUCUGUUCUUCAGUGAUGAGGCAUGCACCUGUGGACAGCUGGUCAUCGCCAGCAGAGAAAGUCAGUACAAGAUUCUUCACUUCCACCACACGGGUCUUGAUAAACUGGCCGAGGUGUUUCAACAGUGGAAAUGCUGCAGGGAGACCCAGCUCAAAGACCAGGUGUCAGAUGAGAAGUCAUGUAUGCAGUUCUCCAUCCGCAGACCCACAUUGCCUUCUGCUGAGAUGCACCCAGAGGAGCGGCUAUAUCGACGGUUGGACGUCAGCUCAUGGCUGCGUCACCUGAACAACAGCGGUCAGUUGGUGGAGGAGUACAAGCUCAGAAAGGCAAUUUUCUUCGGGGGUAUUGACCCGUCUCUCCGUGGUGAGGUGUGGCCCUUCCUGCUGCAUUACUACAGCUAUGACUCCACUUCUGAAGAGCGUGAGAACUGGAGAUUGCAGAAGCGGGUGGAGUACCAGGAGAUCCAGCAGAGAAGGUUGUCCAUGAGUCCAGAGGAGCACAGUGAGUUCUGGAGGAAGGUUCAGUUCACUGUGGAUAAAGACGUCGUGAGAACAGAUAGAAGCAACAUGUUCUUCAGGGGAGAGAACAACCCCAAUGUAGAAAUCAUGAGACGAAUCCUGUUGAACUAUGCCGUGUUUAAUUCAGAGAUGGGCUACUGUCAGGGCAUGUCAGACCUGGUGGCUCCUCUUCUGACUGAGAUCCAGGACGAGAGCGACACGUUCUGGUGCUUUGUGGGUCUCAUGGAGAACACCAUCUUCAUCAGUUCUCCUAGAGAUGAGGAUAUGGAGAGGCAACUGAUGUACCUGCGAGAGCUCUUGCGGUUGAUGUUGCCUCGGUUCCACCAGCAUCUUACCCGGUUGGGUGAGGAUGGACUUCAGCUGCUCUUUUGCCACCGCUGGGUUCUUCUGUGUUUCAAACGCGAGUUCCCUGACGCUGAAGCUCUGCGCAUGUGGGAGGCCUGCUGGGCUCACUAUCAGACAGACUACUUCCAUCUGUUCCUGUGUGUAGCCAUCAUUGUGCUUUACGGCGAUGAUGUCACCGAACAGCAGCUCGCCACUGAUCAAAUGCUGCUGCACUUUAGUAACCUCUCCAUGCACAUGAAUGGAGAACUGGUGCUGAGGAAGGCACGUAGCCUGCUCUAUCAGUUCCGCCUUCUUCCCAGAAUUCCCUGCAGCUUACACGACUUGUGUAAACUGUGCGGGCCCGGAAUGUGGGAUAGCCGCUACAUCCCUGCCGUAGAAUGUUCCGGAGAGCAUCCCGACUCUCAGAGCUGCCCCUAUGGAGGCACCGCAACCCCCGAGAGCCCACCCUUACCUAGCCCAAACCAGCCCAGCGAGGGCAAGAAAGGUUCCAAAACACGAGACAUUUUCACCUUCCACAAGCACUCCUGACUCAAACUGGACUCGGGAUCAUCGCCAGUCACCAUUUAAAGUUCUGGGAUUUCAGGUCUCCAUAGCUGUAAUCGACAUCUAGUAUCAAACACUGCCUCGUCUAUAAAUGCUGAUGACCUCUUUUGGAGGUUAAAGUUAACCCAAAAAUGUACUUCUCAUUUACUCACCCUCAUGUUGUUCCAAACCCCUAUGAUG